CAGGCGUAUAGGCGUAAUACCCCUUUCCAAAAAAACUUCAUUGCAACUUCGGUUUUAAUGAAAACACAAGGAAAAGCUCAUUACCGGUUCAGCUUUAAUAAUUUGUCAGUCAUUUUAUUUGCACAAAAAGUUUUCAGGAAAAAAUAAUAAAAGAUGUAGCUACCUAGCUAACUGCAUUUAUAGCAUAACACUUAUUGUUUAAGAAUAUUGUUGUAGCCAAACUGCAUUUUUAUACUCUAACUUUUUAGCCAAAGAUAGGAGCUAGCUAAAUGGCUACAGUCUCAACACAAAAAAAAAUGGUGGGUAGGAUAAAAAGCUCUUAUACCAUACAGAUUACAGUUGAACUCAUGUAAUUCGAACUCCUAUAAUUCGAAAACUCACUUAAUUCGAACAGAUUCUGUGGUCCCCUCAGAAUUUACCUUGAAAACCUUACAAGAAAACUCCUAUAAUUCGAACCCAUGUAAUUCGAAAAAUCAUGUAAAUCGAACAGAUUUUCCGGUCCCAUCAAGAAAUUUUAAUCAUGUAAUUCGAAUUUUUGAAUUUUUUGAGUUUUUGAAGCUUACCAACUCGAUAAUUUGCAAUCGAAUGUUUUUUUUUUACAUUCGAUUGGAGCUCGUCCACUGCUUUUGGCUUCCAUUUCUUAUCAAGACAAGAUGGGGAAAAGAAAGCAUAAAGAACUCACUUUAAAAACAAAAUAUGAAGCUCUCCGUGACUUGGAGGAUGGUAUGUCCAAUAAAGACGCAUCCAUCAAGUACUCCGUUCCAAGCAGCACCUUGUCAACAUGGAAGAACACAAAAGAAAAGAUAUUCCUUGCUUUCAAAAACUCGUCACUAAAACGCCAGAGAGUUAAGACUGACAAGUACGAAAAAUUGAAUGAAUCGUUGUUGACUUGGUUUACCUCAAUGCGUGGUAACAACAUCCCAAUUAAUGGACCAAUUUUAAACGAGAAAGCUCGUGAAUUUGCCACAGCAUUCAACUAUGAAGAUUUUUCAGCAUCGAACGGAUGGUUGAGAGGCUGGAAGGAGAGAUAUGGAAUCACAUUCAAAGAAGUAUCUGGGGAGUCCGCAAAAGUAACAAGUGAGAUGACAGCACCUUGGGAAGAAACUACCCUACCAACUAUAUUGGCCAGAUAUGAAUUAAAAGACAUCUUCAAUGCCGAUGAAUUCGGCCUAUUCUACUAAGCGCUACCAUCAAAGUCUUAUCACUUCAAAGGAAAACGCUGUUCCGGCGGAAAGCACAGCAAAGUGCGCCUAACAGGAAUGGCUGCAUCCAAUGCUUUGGGCGAAAGGCUUCCAAUGUUUGUGAUUGGAAAGUCCGCGAAACCCAGAUGUUUCAAAAACGUGAGAAAUCUACCCUGUCGGUAUCGCUUGCAAAAUAAAUCCUGGAUGGAUGGAGUAUUAUUUGAAGAAUGGGUUAGAGAAUUAGAUCGUAAAUUCGAGUCACAAGGAAGGAAGAUUGUUUUAAUAGUCGACAACUGUCCCACACACCCAAACAUCACAGAGUUAAAGGCUGUAAAUCUACAAUUCCUGCCACCUAACACCACUUCUUGUACCCAACCUAUGGAUCAAGGAGUUAUCAGGUAAAAUUUCUUCAAAGUUACUCAUUAUUCUGUUGUUUGGAAAUAUUUAUUUCCCAUUCAUUGUUUUGAAGCCAUUCCAGUGUUGUCAAAGAAAAAAGUUUGUUUGGUAACACUAGAAUGUCUU